AUGCCUAAUGCUUGGAAGAGCGGGGCGAGGCGCGCCAUGACAUACUGUGGGAUGACAUGUCAUAACUCAUCGGACUCGUUCUGAGACAUUUAGAGCGAGGGAUAUAUCGACUCGUCGUGAUGGUCUCGUGUGAAGCCAAACAGACCAGACGCGAACGAUGAAGCUACUACCCCAGCUUUCGAGCUCUCCACAUCCGCACCUCGGCUUCCAGAGCAUGCUUCCCCGCGGGAGUCCUUAGCCGGCGCAACAGCCAACAAUGUCGACGUCGAGCAUGUCUACAACUAAGCUUGCGUCUUCUUCUCUUUACGCGUGUUCUUUCAAUCGUCCCAAGUAGUAAACUACCUCCAGCUACCUCGUCAUGCCGUCAGCAAACCAACCACCUCCACUCGCGGACGUACGCGUCCUUGAGUUUGCAGGACUAGCCCCAGGCCCCUUUGCGGGCAUGCUCCUAGCAGACUACGGCGCCUCAGUCCUCCGCCUCGACCGCGCACCCUCAGCCCCAUCCUCCGAUCAAUUAACGCGACGCAAAACCUCGAUAUGCGUAAACCUCAAAUCCCCAGCAGGCCUCGCCCUCAUCAAAAAAAUAAUCCCCCAAGUCGACGUGGUAAUCGAUCCCUUCCGACCUGGCGUCCUCGAGAAAGCCGGUCUCGACCCUGAGAAGGUGCUGUUGAGGUUGAACAAGCGAUUGAUCGUAGCUCGCAUGACGGGCUUCCGUCGGGAUGGCAAAUACAGUCAAAUGGCCGGGCAUGAUAUCAACUACAUUGCUGUCUCCGGCGUGCUAAGCAUGUUUGGCAGGAAAGGGGAAAAACCGUAUGCGCCGGGCAAUGUCGUGGGAGAUUUUGCGGGAGGCGGCGCAAUGUGUUUCAUGGGUAUAUUGCUUGCGCUACUGGCCAGAGAAAGAAGCGGCUUUGGGCAGGUUGUCGAGGCGAACAUGGUUGACGGGAGUGCGAUAUUGGCGACUAUGCCAAGGUUGGGAUUGAAGACGGAGGUCUGGAAGAGGGAGAGGGGCACAAAUAUGUUAGAUGGAGGAGCGCCCUUCUACGAUACUUACGAUACAAAGGAUGGAAAGUACAUGGCAGUGGGCGCUAUUGAACCCCAGUUCUACGCUGCUCUACUCAAGGGUAUGGGCCUGGAGCCGUCGGAUCUACCUGGUAAUAGGGACGACAGGGCGGACUGGCCAAAGUUGAAGGACUUCUUCGCCGCCGAGUUCAAGAAGAAAACACGCGAGGAGUGGGAGGCCAUCUUCGAUGGGACAGAUGCAUGCUGCACACCCGUACUGACGCAGGGUGAACUCGAGACUCAGGGCUUCGAUCAACGGCCGGCUGUAACCCUGAAGUCCUCACCCGGGUAUGCGAUACAUGAUGGCAAUGAUGGGAGGUCGGCAGCAGAGGGCCAGGGUAUAGGAAUGGAUGGCAGCGGAUGGAGCGAGAAGGGCUUGAAGCCUGGCAGUGGGGGCGAAGAUACAUUGACCACAUGGAUGGGAUGGACCAAGGGUAGGCAUUAUGUCGAGGACCAAGGAGGCUUGGUUUGGAAGGACUCUGCAAGGUUAUAGUCAUGUCAGAUUCUCGGCUCAUCGUCAUUUGUUCACAUACGCGCUUCCUGUAUUCGUAAAUAGCCAGUCAAGGGCUGUAUAUCUUCAGUUUACACAUGUAU